GUUUUCAUUCAUUUGUAGAAAAGUUUCAAUUUGUAUUUCAUUUUCUCUUUAAUUUUGAUGGAUUCAGACAGUUCGUUAUAUAAAAGAGCAAGAAUGGAUGAUAGUAAAGAUAUAAGUGAUGACAUAGAAAUAAUUAAAGUCGCUUUGAAAUGGAAUGCAAACAUGUACCACCUUGAGUUGGAUCCACUUGAUGAUGUAGCAAUUCUUCGUUAUCAAGUUUUCAAAGAGACACAAGUGAAACCGGAGCGACAAAAGAUUUUGAAUCUUAAAGCAAAAGGAGGAAAAAAAGUUGAAGACACGACAAAGAUCUCAGAAUUAGAUAUCAAACCAGGAAAACCACUCAUGAUGGUAGGAUCUCUUGAAGCUGAUAUUGCUAGUGUUAAUGAGAAACCAGAUGGAAUUGAUGUAAUCAACGAUUUUGAGGAUGAACAGAACGACAACGAGCCAUUUGAAACGAAAGAAGUUUAUCUAACAAAAAUUCGUCGUCGCAUCAAAGAAUAUAAAUUUGAAGUUUUCAAUCCGCCACGUGAGGGAAAAAAACUUCUCGUUCUUGACAUCGAUUACACACUUUUCGAUCAUCGAUCAUCAGCUGAAACAGGUGCAGAACUCAUGCUCAAACCUCUUCUUGUCAUUUGGGGAAAGUUUAAGCAAUACGGUUCAAAAAAUUCGAUUAUGUUUGAUGAUAUACGUCGCAAUUUUCUCAUGAAUCCCAAAAGCGGUUUACGAAUCAAACCAUUCAGUCAAUGUCACUUGAAUCGUGAUAAAGAUAAAGAAUUAUUGAAGUUGGCAACAUAUUUGAAGAACAUUGCUGAAAACUGUGAUGACUUUAAUAAGUUAAACCAUAAGAAAUGGGAAAGUUACACACCUUGA